UCUGUGUGCUGUCUCUCUGCGCGGGGCUGGCUGCAGUCGCGCGGCUCCACCAUGGCUGAAGGCGGUGAAGGCGAGGAUGAGAUCCAGUUCUUGCGCACCGAUGAUGAGGUGGUGCUGCAGUGUUCAGCCACGCUUCAUAAGGAGCAGCAGAAGCUGUGUUUGGCUGCUGAGGGCUUUGGGAACAGGCUCUGCUUCCUGGAGUCCACCUCUAACUCUAAGAAUGUUCCGCCGGAUCUGUCCAUAUGCACGUUUGUGCUGGAGCAGUCGCUGUCGGUCCGUGCCCUGCAGGAGAUGCUGGCCAACACAGAGGAAAAGGCAGAGGGGACAGCACAGGGCGGGGGUCAUCGCACUCUUCUCUACGGCCACGCUGUCUUACUCAGGCACUCCUACAGCGGAAUGUAUCUCUGCUGUCUGUCCACCUCUCACUCCUCAACAGAUAAACUAGCGUUUGAUGUGGGGCUUCAAGAAGACACAACAGGUGAAGCCUGCUGGUGGACUAUACACCCCGCCUCCAAGCAGAGGUCAGAAGGUGAGAAGGUGCGAGUGGGUGAUGACCUCAUCCUCGUCAGUGUGUCCUCGGAGCGAUACCUGCACUUGUCGUAUGGAAAUGGCAGCUUGCAUGUGGACGCAGCCUUUCAACAAACCCUGUGGAGCGUAGCGCCAAUCUGCUCUGGGAGUGAGGUCGCUCAGGGCUUCCUGAUUGGUGGAGACGUCUUGCGGUUGUUGCACGGUCACAUGGACGAGUGUCUGACUGUUCCUUCAGGAGAGCAUGGAGAAGAGCAGCGCAGGACGGUGCACUAUGAGGGCGGAGCCGUGUCCACCCACGCCCGCUCGCUGUGGCGGCUCGAGACGCUGAGAGUAGCGUGGAGCGGGAGUCACACUCGGUGGGGUCAGCCGUUCCGGUUACGUCACGUGACCACGGGGAAAUACCUCAGCCUGCUGGAUGAUAAAGGUCUUCAGCUGAUGGAGAAGGAGAAGGCCGACGUCAAAUCCACCGCCUUCUGCUUCCGCUCGUCUAAGGAGAAGCUGGAUUUCGGGCUGAGGAAGGAGGUGGAUGGGAUGGGUGUUCCUGAUAUUAAAUAUGGAGAUUCUGUGUGCUAUAUCCAGCACGUGGACACAGGGCUCUGGCUAACCUACCAAUCAGUGGACGCCAAGUGUGCUCGCAUGGGCGGAGUCCAGAGGAAGGCUAUAAUGCACCAUGAAGGUCAUAUGGACGACGGGCUGACCCUCUCUCGCUCCCAACACGAAGAAUCUCGCACUGCCAGAGUUAUCCGCAGCACAGUCUUCUUAUUCAACCGCUUUAUCAGGGGAUUGGACACUCUUAGUAAAAAGGGGAAGACCUCCAUGCUGGAUCUGCCCAUUGAGUCGGUCAGUCUGAGUCUGCAGGAUCUGAUUGGUUACUUCCAGCCGCCGGACGAGCACCUAGAACACGAGGACAAGCAGAACCGACUCCGAGCCCUGAAGAACCGCCAGAACCUCUUUCAGGAGGAGGGAAUGAUAAACCUGGUGCUGGAGUGUAUUGAUCGUCUACAUGUGUACAGCAGUGCAGCUCAUUUUGCGGAAGUGGCGGGACGGGAAGCUGGAGAGUCCUGGAAGUCCAUUCUCAACUCCCUCUAUGAACUACUGGCUGCUUUGAUCAGGGGUAACAGGAAGAACUGUGCUCAGUUUUCCGGCUCGCUGGAUUGGCUGAUCAGUCGCCUGGAAAGACUGGAGGCUUCAUCAGGGAUUCUGGAGGUGCUGCACUGUGUUCUGGUGGAGAGUCCUGAAGCUCUCAACAUCAUCAAAGAGGGACACAUCAAAUCCAUCAUCUCUCUACUGGACAAACACGGCCGGAACCAUAAGGUCCUGGACGUGCUGUGCUCUCUGUGUGUGUGUCAUGGUGUGGCUGUUCGCUCUAACCAGCACCUGAUCUGUGAUAACCUGCUGCCCGGGAGAGACCUGUUACUGCAGACCCGUCUGGCCAAUCACGUCAGCAGCAUGAGGCCGAACAUCUUCCUCGGAGUGAGCGAAGGCUCCGCCCAGUACAGGAAGUGGUAUUAUGAGCUGAUCGUGGAUAACGUGGAGCCGUUCGUGACGGCGGAGGCCACGCACCUGAGAGUGGGCUGGGCCUCCACGCCCGGGUACUCACCUUACCCAGGUGGGGGUGAGGGCUGGGGGGGAAACGGAGUCGGGGAUGACCUCUACUCAUACGGCUUUGAUGGUCUACACCUGUGGUCAGGUUGUAUAGCUCGGACGGUCAGUUCUCCUAAUCAGCACCUGCUGUGUGCGGAUGACGUGGUCAGCUGCUGUCUGGACCUCAGCGCUCCCAGCAUAUCCUUCCGUAUUAACGGUCAGCCGGUUCAGGGCAUGUUCGAGAACUUCAACUCCGACGGCCUCUUCUUCCCUGUGGUCAGCUUCUCCGCCGGCGUCAAAGUGCGCUACCUGUUGGGAGGGCGUCAUGGUGAGUUUAAGUUCCUGCCGCCGACGGGAUACGCCCCCUGUUUUGAGGCGGUGCUUCCCCGAGAGAAGCUGAGGGUGGAGCAGAGUCAGGAAUACAAGCAGGACCACGCAGGAACCAGAGAUCUGCUGGGGCCGACCGUCAGUCUCUCCCAGGCUGCCUUCACACCUAUACCCGUGGACACCAGCCAGAUCGUGUUGCCGCCUCAUCUGGAGCGAAUCAGAGAGAAGCUGGCAGAAAACAUCCACGAGCUGUGGGUCAUGAACAAGAUCGACCUGGGCUGGAUGUAUGGAGCAAUAAGGGAUGAUAAUAAGAGGCAGCACCCGUGUCUGGUGGAGUUCUCCAAGCUUCCGGAGCAGGAGCGCAGCUACAACCUGCAGAUGUCCCUAGAGACCCUUAAGACUCUGCUGGCGUUGGGUUGCCAUGUUGGAGUGGCGGAUGAACGGGCUGUGGAAAAAGUGAAGCGACUGAAACUCUCGGCCAAAUAUGAGCUUUCCAGUGGAUAUAAACCUACUCCCAUGGAUCUCAGCCAUAUCAAACUCGCAUCUACACAGGAGGCCAUGGUGGAUAAACUAGCCGAGAACGCCCACAAUGUGUGGGCCAGAGACCGCAUCCGCCAGGGCUGGACAUAUGGCAUCCAGCAGGAUGUGAAGAAUAAGAGAAAUCCACGGUUGGUGCCUUACGUCCUUCUGGAUGAGAGAACCAAGAAGUCCAAUAAGGACAGUCUGAGAGAGGCGGUGCGCACACUGCUGGGUUACGGAUACAACCUGGAGGCUCCCGACCAAGACCAUGCAGCCCGAGCGGACAUCACCACCAUGUCGGCGGAGCGAUUCCGGAUUUUCCGUGCUGAGAAGUCGUACAGUGUGAACGCUGGGAAGUGGUAUUUUGAGCUGGAGGUGGUGACGGCGGGGGAGAUGCGGGUGGGCUGGGCUCGCCCGGGUUGCUUGCCGGAUCUGGAGCUGGGCUCCGACGACCAGGCCUUCGUGUUUGAUGGGUUUAAGGCUCAGCGGUGGCACCAAGGGAAUGAGCACUUUGGGCGUUCGUGGCUGGCGGGGGACGUGGUGGGCUGCAUGGUGGACAUGAACGAGCACACGAUGAUGUUCACGCUGAACGGAGAGGUGCUGCUGGACGACUCGGGCUCUGAACUCGCCUUCAAGGACUUCGAGGUUUGGGAAGGUUUUAUCCCGGUGUGCAGUCUGGGGGUGACUCAGGUGGGCCGGAUGAACUUUGGGAAGGACGUGAGCACUCUGAAGUACUUCACCAUCUGUGGUCUGCAGGAGGGAUACGAACCUUUCGCCGUCAACAUGAACCGAGACAUCACCAUGUGGCUCAGCAAGAGACUGCCCCAGUUUAUACCAGUACCAACCGGACAUGAACACAUCGAGGUCACGAGAAUUGACGGCACAGUGGAGAGCUCUCCGUGUUUGAAGGUCACUCAGAGGUCGUUCGGGUCACAGAACAGUAACACAGACAUCGUGUUCUACCGGCUCAGCAUGCCCAUCGAGUGCGCCGAGGGGUUCGCCAAGUCCGCCGGCGGCACCCUGCCCGCUAACGGCAGCUUCUUCUCCCCGAAGAAGGACCUGGAGGACUUCGAGACGGUGUCGGACUUCGAGGUGCUGAUGAAGAGCGCCCACGGUCACAUGGGUUCAAACGGACCAGAGAAAGACAAGGACGAGUUCAACAACCAUAAAGAUUACAACCAGGAGAAACCGUCCAAACUCAAACAGAGGUUCAUGCUGAAGAGGUCUAAACCCGACUUCAACACCAGUAACUCGUCAGCUCGUCUGUCGGAGGAGGUGAUGGCGGAUGAGAGAGAUGAUUUUGAGUAUCUCAUGCAGACGUCCACGUACUACUACUCGGUGCGGAUCUUUCCGGGUCAGGAGCCGUCCAGUGUGUGGGUUGGCUGGGUGACCUCGGACUUCCACCAGUACGACCCGGCCUUUCAGCUGGAUAAAGUCAGAACCGUCACUGUUACACUCGGGGAUGAGAAGGGAAAAGUCCACGAGAGUAUUAAGCGCAGUAACUGCUACAUGGUGUGGGCUGGGGAGAGUAAUAACCCCGGUCAGGGCCGCAAUAAUAAUGGUCUGGAGAUCGGCUGUAUGGUGGACACAGCCAGCGGCCUGCUCACCUUCACCACCAACGGCAAGGAGCUCAGCACCUACUACCAGGUGGAGCCCAGUACUAAGCUCUUUCCUGCAGUGUUUGCCCAGGCUACAAGUCCUAAUGUCUUCCAGUUUGAGCUUGGACGCAUCAAAAAUGUGAUGCCGCUGUCAGCAGGCCUGUUUAAAAGCGAGAAGAAGAACCCGGUUCCUCAGUGUCCGCCCCGCCUCCACGUCCAGUUCCUCACCCCCGUGCUCUGGAGCCGAGUGCCCAAUCACUUCCUCAGGUCUGAGGUCUCCAGGGUCAACGAGAGGCACGGCUGGAUGGUGCAGUGCUCAGAUCCACUGCAGUUCAUGUCCCUGCAUAUACCUGAAGAGAACAGGUCAGUGGACAUCCUGGAGCUGACGGAGCAGCGUGAUCUCCUGAAGUUCCACUACCACACUCUGCGUCUGUACUCGGCGGUGUGCGCUCUGGGCAACAACCGGGUCGCUGGCGCCCUCUGCAGCCACGUGGACGAAUCUCAGCUGCUGUCGGCCAUCCAGAACAAGUACAUGCCGGGUCUGCUGCGCACCGGCUACUACGACCUGCUGAUCGACAUCCACCUGAGCAGCUACGCCACCGCCCGCCUGAUGAUGAACAGCGAGUACAUCGUCCCCAUGACCGACGAGACCAAGAGCAUCACGCUGUUCCCCGACGAGAAGAAGAAGCACGGCCUCCCGGGCAUCGGCCUCAGCACGUCGCUGCGCCCGCGCAUGCGCUUCUCCUCGCCCGACUUCGUCAGCGCCGUCGCCGGGAGCAACGGGGGACCCGUCGCCGGGGGCGACUGCUUCCAGUACAGCCCCGAGUUCCCUCUGGAGACGCUGAAGAGCCGCACCAUGGAGAUGCUGACGGAGGCGGUGCAGGAGGGCAGCCUGCAUGUUAGAGAUCCUGUAGGGGGCAGCACCGAGUUCCUGUUUGUGCCACUUAUUAAACUGUUCUACACGCUGCUGAUCAUGGGCAUCUUCCAUAACGGAGAUCUGAGGACCAUCCUGCAGCUGAUCGAGCCCAGCGUGUUCUCUCAGAGCACGGGGUCAGAGGGGGCGACCGGGACGCCCGAUAAAGAAGGCGGUCCUGGGGAGGGUCGUUCUGAGGGAGGCCCUGCUAUUGCAGGAGGGGAGGAAGAGGAUGGAACCAAGAGUGGCUUACCCAAAGAGGGACUUCUGCAGAUGAAGCUUCCAGAACCCGUCAAACUGCAGAUGUGUCUGCUGCUGCAGUAUCUGUGUGAUUGUCAGGUGCGGCACCGUAUCGAGGCGGUGGUGGCGUUCUCGGAUGAUUUCGUGGCGAGUCUGCAGGAUAACCAGCGCUUCCGUUAUAACGAGGUCAUGCAGGCGCUCAACAUGUCGGCGGCUCUGACCGCCCGCAAAACCAAAGAGUUCCGCUCGCCCCCGCAGGAACAGAUCAAUAUGCUGCUGGGUUUUAAGGAUGAGAAGCAGGAGUGUCCGUGUCCCGAGGAUAUCAGAGACCAGCUGCUGGAGUUCCAUGAGGACCUGAUGACCCACUGCGGUAUAGAGAUGGAUGAUGAUAAGGCAGGGGAAGCUGAUGGAGAUUUUACGAUACGAGGGCGUCUGUUGUCUCUGGUGGAGAAGGUGGCCUACCUGAAGAAGAAAAUGGCCGACAUGCCAAAGAAAAAAAAAGCCAAGAAACCCAGCACUCUGCAGCAGCUGAUCUCGGAGACGAUGGUGCGCUGGGCGCAGGAGUGUGUGAUCGAGGAUCCGGAGCUGGUGCGGGCGAUGUUCGUGCUGCUGCACCGGCAGUAUGAUGGGAUAGGAGGGCUGGUCCGGGCUCUGCCCAAAACCUACACCAUCAACGCUGUGUCCGUGGAGGAUACCAUUAACCUGCUGGCCUCGCUGGGUCAGAUCCGCUCGCUGCUCAGCGUCCGGAUGGGCCGAGAGGAGGAGAAGCUCAUGAUCCGCGGACUCAGUGACAUCAUGAACAAUAAGGUGUUCUACCAGCACCCGAACCUGAUGAGGGCUCUGGGCAUGCACGAGACCGUCAUGGAGGUCAUGGUGAACGUGCUGAGCGGAGGAGAGUCCAAGGAGAUCACUUUUCCCAAGAUGGUGGCUAACUGCUGCCGUUUCCUGUGCUACUUCUGCCGGAUCAGCCGUCAGAACCAGAAGGCCAUGUUUGAUCAUCUGAGUUAUCUUCUGGAGAACAGCAGCGUGGGUCUCGCGUCUCCGUCCAUGCGUGGCUCCACCCCUCUGGAUGUUGCUGCUGCUUCUGUGAUGGAUAAUAACGAGCUGGCCCUCGCACUGAGAGAACCAGACCUGGAGAAAGUGGUGCAGUAUUUGGCGGGGUGUGGGCUGCAGAGCUGUGUGAUGUUGGUAUCUAAGGGUUAUCCUGAUAUUGGAUGGAACCCUGUGGAAGGAGAGCGCUAUCUGGACUUCCUGAGAUUUGCUGUGUUCUGUAACGGUGAGAGUGUUGAGGAGAACGCUAAUGUGGUCGUCCGGCUCCUGAUUCGCCGGCCGGAGUGUUUUGGCCCCGCCCUGCGUGGUGAAGGUGGGAACGGGUUGCUAGCGGCGAUGGAGGAAGCGAUUAAAAUAUCAGAGGACCCCAGCAGAGACGGCCCCUCCCCUACAUCAGAGGACAGCAAAACACUUAGUGAUGCAGUAGAGGAUGAGGAGGAUGACACCAUACAUAUGGGUAAUGCCAUCAUGACCUUCUACGCUGCUCUGAUAGACCUGCUGGGUCGCUGUGCUCCAGAGAUGCAUUUGAUUCAUGCAGGUAAAGGUGAGGCGAUCCGUAUCCGAGCCAUCCUCCGUUCUCUCAUCCCUAUAGAGGACCUGGAGGGAGUCAUCAGCAUCCCCUUCCCCAUGCCCACCCUCGCUAAAGAUGGUUCUGUGGUGGAACCGGACAUGUCUGCGGGGUUCUGUCCGGACCACAAGGCAGCGAUGGUUCUGUUUCUUGACCGUGUUUACGGCAUCGAAGACCAGAACUUCCUGCUUCACCUGCUGGAGGUGGGCUUCCUGCCUGACCUCAGGGCCGCCGCUUCUUUGGAUACGGCGGCGCUGAGUGCUACAGACAUGGCUCUGGCUCUGAACCGGUACCUGUGUACGGCGGUUCUGCCGCUGCUGACCAAGUGCGCCCCCCUGUUCGCCGGUACAGAGCCCUUCGCCUCGCUGAUCGACUCCCUGCUGCACACGGUUUACCGGCUCUCUAAAGGCUGCUGCCUCACCAAGGCCCAGCGGGACGCCAUCGAAGAGUGCCUGCUCGCCGUGUGUGGUAAACUGAGGCCUUCAAUGAUGCAGCAUCUGCUCAGACGGCUGGUGUUCGACGUUCCGCUGCUUAAUGAACACACUAAAAUGCCUCUCAAGCUGUUGACCAAUCACUAUGAGCGCUGCUGGAAGUAUUACUGCCUGUCCGGGGGGUGGGGCAGUUUCGGGGCGGCGUCUGAUGAAGAGCUGCAUCUCUCCAGAAAACUCUUCUGGGGAAUCUUCGACGCUCUGGCCAGAAAGAGGUACGACGCUGAGCUGUUUAAGCUGGCUCUGCCGUGUCUGAGCGCUGUAGCCGGAGCUUUACCUCCAGACUACAUGGAGUCCAACUACGUGGCCAUGAUGGAGAAGCAGUCAUCCAUGGACGCGGAGGGCAACUUCAACCCACAGCCUGUCGACACCAGCAAUGUUAAUAUUCCGGAGAAACUGGAUCACUUCAUCAAUAAAUACGCUGAGCACUCUCACGAGAAGUGGUCGAUGGAGAAGUUUGGGAAUGGGUGGGUUCAUAGUGAGCAGUUGUGUGAGGCGUCUAAAGUUCAUCCUCUGCUGAAACCGUACAAGGGGCUGUCUGAGAAGGAUAAGGAGGUUUACCGCUGGCCAAUCAGAGAGACUCUGAAGACCAUGCUGUCGUGGGGUUGGAGUAUAGAGCGGACGCGGGAGAGCGACCCGGCCAGUUUACACAGCCGCACUCGCAGGAUAUCUCUGUCCAGCCAGCUGUCCAUAGAGGGCGCUCAUGGCUUCAGCCCUCGUCCAGUAGACAUGAGCAACGUGACCCUCUCCCGGGACCUGCACUCAAUGGCAGAGCUGCUGGCAGAGAAUUACCACAAUAUCUGGGCCAAAAAGAAGAAACUGGAACUGGAAGCCAAAGGAGGAGGGAGUCAUCCGUUACUAGUUCCCUACGACACUCUAACUGCCAAAGAGAAAUCCAAAGACCGAGAAAAAGCGCAAGACAUCCUCAAGUUCCUUCAGAUUAACGGAUACACCGUAUCGAGGGCUAUGAAGGAGCAGGAGCUGGACACUCCGUCUAUAGAGAAGCGCUUCGCCUACACCUUUCUGCAGCAGCUCAUCACAUACGUAGAUGAAGCUCAUGAACACAUGCUGGAGUUCGAUGUCAGCACGCGACCAAAGGGAGAGAAAAUCCCUCACGAGCAGCAGAUGAAGUUCUUUGGAAAGGUCGUCCUGCCUCUCGUCGACCAGUACUUUAAGAACCAUCGGCUCUACUUCCUGUCUACUGCUGUCCGGCCAAUCGGCAGUGGAGGCCACGCGUCCAAUAAGGAGAAAGAGAUGGUGACCAGUCUUUUCUGCAAACUGGGAGUUCUUGUCAGGCAUAGGAUAUCUCUGUUUGGAAACGACUCUACCUCUAUAGUAAAUUGCCUUCAUAUACUGGGACAGACGCUGGACGCCAGGACAGUGAUGAAGACGGGUCUGGAGACGGUGAAGGCGGCUCUACGGGCGUUCUUCGAGAACGCUGCGGAGGAUCUGGAGAGAACCAUGGAGAACCUGCGGCAGGGUCAGUUCACCCACACCAGAACCCAGCCUAAAGGAGUGACCCAGAUCAUCAACUACACCACCGUCGCCCUGCUGCCCGUCCUCUCCUCGCUGUUCGAGCACAUCGGACAGAACCUGUUCGGGGAGGACCUCAUACUGGAUGAUGUCCAGGUGUCCUGUUACAGGAUCUUAAACAGCCUCUACUCUCUCGGCACCAGCAAAAGCAUCUACGUGGAAAGGCAGCGACCUGCUCUGGGCGAGUGUCUGGCUGCGUUCUCUGGUGCGUUUCCUGUGGCCUUUCUGGAGCCAAAUCUCAACAAAUUCAACAGCUACUCCAUCUACAACACUAAAGGCUCCAAAGACAGAACAGCCUCCGGUCUUCCCACGCAGGUGGAGGAGGUGUGUCCGCUGGUGCCGUCUCUGGAGAAAGCUCUGGAGGAGAUUAUGGAGCUGGCGGAGUCGGGGAUGCGCUACACCCAGAUGCCCCACGUCAUGGAGGUGGUGCUGCCCAUGCUCUGCAGCUACAUGUCCCACUGGUGGGAGCACGGACCCGAGAGCAACCCAGAGCACGCCGAGAGCUGCUGCACCUCGCUGACCUCCGAGCACAUGAACGCCCUGCUGGGGAACAUCCUCAAGAUCAUCUACAACAACCUGGGCAUCGACGAGGGAGCCUGGAUGAAGAGACUCGCGGUCUUCUCCCAGCCAAUCAUCAGCAAGGCCCGCCCCCAGCUGCUGAAGAGCCACUUCCUGCCGCUGAUGGAGAAGCUGAAGAAGAAGGCGGCGACGGUUCUUCUGGAUGAAGAGCACACCAAGGCUGAGGGGCGGGGCGAGAUGUCGGAGGCGGAGCUGCUGAUCCUGGACGAGUUCACCAUCCUGGUGCGAGACCUGUACGCCUUCUACCCACUGCUCAUCAGAUUCGUCGACUACAACAGAGCGAAGUGGCUGAAAGAGCCGAACCCCGAGGCUGAGGAACUGUUCCGCAUGGUGGCCGAGGUCUUCAUCUUCUGGGCCAAAUCACACAAUUUUAAACGGGAGGAGCAGAACUUCGUGGUUCAGAACGAGAUCAACAACAUGUCCUUCCUCAUAACUGAUACCAAGUCUAAAAUGUCCAAGGGGGCAGUGUCUGAUCAGGAGAGGAAGAAGAUGAAGAAGAGGGGGGAUCGCUACUCCAUGCAGACGUCUCUGAUCGUAGCGGCGCUGAAGAGGCUUCUGCCUGUGGGGCUGAACAUCUGCGCCCCCGGAGACCAGGAGCUCAUCGCCCUCGCCAAGAACCGCUUCACCCAGAAAGACACUGAGGAUGAGGUUCGGGAGAUCAUCCGGAAUAACCUUCACCUGCAGGGCAAGUAUCGAGUCUUCCUCUUCAAAAAGCUGGUGAAGCGUCUCAUCAUCGUCCUGAAGUGGAUGAAGAGUCGCCAGGCCAGGCUGGCCACUUCAGACAUGCCCCCCCACAAACGCAUGCCCCUCCGCAAGCGCUCCACCACCCUCGACCUCCAUCAUCGCCACCCGCGGGUGCUGCUGAGCGCCAUGAAGAAAUCUGCAUCUGUGGACCACGCCCCCAAGCUUGGAAAGCCCGCCCCCCGGGCACCUGAGAACCUGCCCGCCCCCCGGCACCGCGAGACCCACCUUACUGCAUGCGGCAUGUUUGGAUGUAGCACACUGCUGGAGGAUCCUGCAAUUCGCUGGCAGAUGGCCCUGUAUAAAGACAUGCCCAACCGCAGCGAGGACACGUCGGACCCGGAGAAGACCGUGGAGAGAGUGCUGGAUAUCGCUCAUGUUCUCUUCCAUCUGGACCAGGUGGAGCAUCCUCAGAGGAGUAAGAAGGCCGUGUGGCACAAGCUGCUGUCCAAGCAGAGGAAGCGGGCAGUGGUGGCAUGCUUCAGGAUGGCUCCUCUAUAUAACCUACCCAGACACAGAGCGGUGAACCUGUUCCUGCAGGGUUAUGAGAAAUCCUGGAUCGAGACGGAGGAGCAUUAUUUUGAAGAUAAACUCAUCGAGGAUUUGGCUAAGCCGGGUGGAGAGGAGCCGUCGGAGGAGGAUGAAGGGGUUAAACGCAUCGACCCCCUACAUCAGCUCAUCCAACUGUUCAGCAGGACAGCACUCACCGAGAAAUGUAAAUUGGAAGAGGACAGCCUGUACAUGGCUUAUGCUGAUAUCAUGGCUAAGAGCUGCCAUGAUGAGGAGGAAGAUGAAGAGGAGGAAGUGAAGAGUUUUGAAGAGAAAGAGAUGGAGAAGCAGAAGCUGCUGUAUCAGCAGGCUCGACUACAUGACCGAGGAGCUGCUGAGAUGGUGCUGCAGACCAUAAGCGCCAGCAAAGGUGAGAUGGGACUGAUGGUGGCGUCCACACUGAAGCUUGGUAUUGCCGUCCUGAAUGGUGGAAACUCCACUGUACAGCAGAAAAUGCUGGAUUAUCUGAAGGAUAAGAAGGAUGUGGGAUUUUUCCAGAGCCUGGCGGGACUGAUGCAGUCCUGCAGCGUUCUGGACCUGAAUGCUUUUGAGAGGCAGAAUAAAGCUGAAGGUUUGGGCAUGGUGACAGAAGAAGGAUCAGUCAUCACCCAUGAGCGUGGCGAGAAGGUGAUGCAGGACGACGAGUUCACCUGCGACCUGUUCCGCUUCCUGCAGCUGCUCUGUGAAGGACACAACUCAGAUUUCCAGAACUAUCUGAGAACACAGACAGGAAACAACACAACAGUUAACAUCAUCAUCUCCACCGUGGACUACCUUCUCCGAGUGCAGGAAUCAAUAAGCGAUUUCUACUGGUACUAUUCUGGGAAGGAUGUGAUUGACGAGCAGGGUCAGCGUAAUUUCUCCAAGGCCAUCAAUGUGGCCAAGCAGGUCUUCAAUACUCUUACAGAGUAUAUUCAGGGUCCUUGCACCGGUAACCAGCAGAGUUUGGCUCACAGUCGACUCUGGGACGCUGUGGUUGGUUUCCUCCAUGUUUUUGCUCAUAUGCAGAUGAAACUGUCUCAGGAUUCGAGUCAGAUUGACCUGCUGAAGGAGCUCAUGGACCUGCAGAAGGACAUGGUUGUGAUGCUGCUGUCUAUGUUAGAGGGAAACGUCGUAAACGGCACCAUCGGGAAGCAGAUGGUGGACAUGCUGGUAGAAUCCUCCAACAACGUGGAGAUGAUCCUCAAGUUCUUCGACAUGUUCCUCAAACUCAAAGACCUGACGUCAUCCGACGCCUUCAAAGAGUACGACCCGGACGGGAAGGGGGUGAUCUCUAAACGAGACUUUCACAAAGCCAUGGAGAGCCACAAGCACUACACCCAAUCAGAGACGGAGUUCCUGCUGUCCUGCGCCGAGACGGACGAGAACGAGCUGCUGGACUACGAGGAGUUCGUCGAGCGCUUCCACGAACCGGCCAAAGACAUCGGCUUCAACGUGGCCGUCCUCCUCACCAACCUAUCGGAGCACAUGCCUCACGACUCGCGGCUGCAGACCUUCCUGGAGCUGGCGGAGAGCGUGCUGAACUACUUCCAGCCCUACCUGGGCCGCAUCGAGAUCAUGGGCAGCGCCAAGCGGAUCGAGCGCGUGUACUUCGAGAUCAGCGAGUCCAGCCGGACGCAGUGGGAGAAGCCGCAGGUCAAAGAGUCCAAGCGCCAGUUCAUCUUCGACGUGGUGAACGAGGGAGGAGAGAAGGAGAAGAUGGAGCUGUUCGUUAAUUUCUGCGAGGACACCAUCUUCGAGAUGCAGCUGGCGGCGCAGAUGUCCGACGCCGGGGAACGCUCGGCCAGCAAGGAGGAGAGCGAGAGGGAGAAACCCGAGGACGAGAGCCCUGAGAUGGGCUUCUUCUCGGUUACGACUGUACGAACCGCCCUGCUCGCCCUCCGCUACAACAUCAUGCUCCUCAUGAAGGUGCUGUCCAUGAAGAGUCUGAAGAAGCAGCUGAAGAAGGCGAAGAAGAUGACGGUGAAGGACAUGGUGACCACGUUGGCGUCCUUCUACUGGAGCGUGCUGAUGGGUUUGCUGCAUUUCGCGUUCAGCGUGGCGCGAGGCUUCUUCCGCAUCGUCUACAACAGCUUCCUGGGUGGCAGCCUGGUGGAGGGAGCCAAGACCAUGAAGGUGUCAGAGCUGCUGGCCAACAUGCCGGACCCGACGCAGGACGAGGUGCGGGGCGAGAGCGAGGAGGCGGAGAGGAAGCCUGUGGAUAAAACCUCACCUGAGGAGAACCUGGCGGACCUGGCGGUGGCCACCGAGGACACGGACGUGCUGUCGGAUAUAUUCGGGCUGGAUUUGAGGCGGGAGGGCGGGCAGUAUAAACUGAUGCCGCAUAACCCCAACGCCAGCCUGACGGAGCUGCUCAACACACCUGUACCUCCACCGCCUACACCCUCACCUGAACUCCGCAGGAGACACCAGACAAAAAGUUCCUCUUCUUCGACGGAGGAGAAAGAAGGCCUGGAGGAGACCAAGUCCGUCCCCGAGAAAGCAGAGGGGGAGGAUGGAGAGAAGAAGGAAGUGCAGAAGGAAGUUCUCCAGAAAAAGAAGUCCCGGCACCACCACUCCUCCAGAUCAGACGAGCCGGAUCUUCAGGAGUCCGCCUUCUGGAAGAAGAUCAUCGCUUACCAACGCAAGCUGCUAAACUAUUUUGCACGGAAUUUCUACAACAUGAGAAUGUUGGCUCUGUUUGUGGCCUUCGCCAUCAACUUCAUCCUGCUGUUCUAUAAGGUGUCCACGUCCUCAGCAGUGCUGGAGGAGAAGCAGGUUAUUUAUAGUGCAUCUUCAGACACUGGGCUACGCUGGGACCCUCUGGGCGAAGCGCCCCCUGAUCGCCCGGUAACGGUGCACUUUGUACUGGAGGAGAGCAGCGGCUACAUGGAGCCCACGCUGAGGAUCCUCGCCAUCCUCCACACCAUUAUCUCCUUUUUCUGCAUCAUCGGGUAUUACUGCCUCAAGGUUCCUCUGGUGAUCUUUAAGAGGGAGAAGGAGGUGGCCAGGAAGCUGGAGUUUGACGGGUUGUAUAUUACAGAGCAGCCGUCUGAGGAUGACAUCAAAGGCCAGUGGGACAGACUGGUCAUAAACACACAGUCUUUCCCGAACAACUACUGGGAUAAGUUUGUGAAGCGGAAGGUAAUGGAUAAGUAUGGAGAGUUUUAUGGUCAUGAUCGGAUCAGUGAGCUGCUGGGGAUGGAUAAAGCUGCGCUGGACUUCAGCGACGCCCACGAGAAGAGGAAACCCAAGAAGGACAGCUCAUUGGCUGCUGUAUUGAACUCAGUGGACGUGAAGUACCAGAUCUGGAAGCUGGGAGUCGUCUUCACUGAUAAUUCGUUCCUGUACCUUGCCUGGUACAUGACCAUGUCCAUAUUGGGCCACUACAAUAACUUCUUCUUUGCUGCUCAUCUGCUGGACAUCGCCAUGGGCUUUAAGACCCUGAGGACCAUCCUGUCUUCCGUCACUCACAAUGGCAAACAGCUGGUGUUGACGGUGGGCUUGCUGGCGGUGGUGGUCUAUCUCUACACUGUGGUGGCCUUCAACUUCUUCCGCAAAUUCUACAACAAGAGUGAAGACGGAGAGUCUCCAGACAUGAAGUGUGACGACAUGCUUACGUGUUAUAUGUUCCAUAUGUACGUUGGUGUACGAGCAGGUGGGGGCAUCGGUGACCAGAUCGAGGAUCCAGCAGGCGAUGAAUACGAGAUUUACCGCAUCAUCUUCGACAUCACCUUCUUCUUCUUUGUCAUUGUCAUCCUGCUCGCCAUCAUUCAGGGUCUGAUCAUUGAUGCUUUUGGUGAGCUCAGAGAUCAGCAGGAGCAAGUAAAAGAAGACAUGGAGACCAAGUGCUUCAUCUGCGGGAUCGGAAACGACUACUUCGACACGGUUCCUCACGGCUUCGAGACACACACCUUACAGGAGCACAACUUGGCCAACUAUCUGUUUUUUGUGAUGUAUCUCAUUAAUAAGGAUGAAACGGAGCACACAGGCCAGGAGUCCUACGUCUGGAAAAUGUACCAGGAACGCUGCUGGGAAUUCUUCCCGGCCGGAGACUGCUUCCGCAAACAAUACGAGGACCAGCUCAACUAACACAGCCUGUACACACACACAUAUAUACACACACAUAUAUAUAUAUAUACACACAUAUAUGCACACACAUACAUACAUAUACACACCCAUGCAGAGACUCCGCCCCCUCGGACUGCGUUUCUCCGUGACGGCUGCGGGAGGAGGAGGGGCCAGGAAUGCUUUUGAGAUUCUGUACAUACUGCUCCACCCUCCACCUGUACCCAGAAUACACUGGGGCAGCGGUUAAGCACGAGAGAGAGAGAGAGAGUGCAAGAGCGAAUGAUUGCGCGAGAGAAAGAGAGCGAGAGAGCGUGAAAGAGAGAGAGAGAGAGAGACGUUUGAGUCUUUAACGCUUCUCCAUUCUCUUCAUUCGCUUUGUUACAUUCACUAAAACACAUAAGCAAAAAAGAGAAAGAGCGAGAGAGAACAAGAAGGAGGAAGAGAGGACGCAGAACGAGGGAUGAGAGAUGAAGAGGAGGAGAAAGAAGAAGAAGAAGAAGAAGAAGAGGAAGCAUGCACAGCUUUCUCAUCUCAAACAGAAUAGAUAAAUGGAGGAUGGAGAAUGAACGUGUGAAUGAAAGACUCUUCUUUUAAUGUGUGAACGAAUGUGAUCGUCGCAUUCAUUCUCGACCUGUGUGUGUGUGUGUGUUCGUCAGGAUGGGGUGAUAUAUAAAUGGAUGGAUGGAUGGAUGGAUAGAUAGAUAGAUAAACAAACAGAUGGAUGGAUGGAUGAACAGAUGCAAAAAAAGAAAGGCUAAAAAGGAAGGCAGGCACCCUGAUAAUCUGAUAAUGGGCAAAAGAAGGGAUACAGUGCCUUACCGAGCAAAGGGUGAAGCUAUAUAUGCAAGGGAGGAUAAAAGAGAGAUAGAAAGAGAUAGAUAGAAAUAUAGAGUAGAAGAGAAAGAAAAAGACAGAUAGGCAGAUAAAGAUUCAUGAGGGCUACAAUGGUGUACAGACCUAUUAUUAGGGUGGGUAUAUGUUUUAAGAAUGUGUAAAUGUUUGUGAGUGUGUAUGGAGCCUCUUUUCCACUGCAGGGUCCAAUGGUUUAACGUGUGGAAUGGUUCAGGUUUCUUUUUUCAUUUGUUGUGUCUCUAAAUCAGAACCAGAAUCUGUAUAAUGUCUAAAUUUCUGUCAUUCUGGUGUAAAAACGAAUUGCAACAUGAAAAACUAUGAGUUUUCAUGCCAAAUAUUGACCUCAUUCAACUUUGCCAGCAUGGUAAUGGUGAACAGGCUUAUUCAACAUCGCUACCACAGUGUUAGCAUCGACCAGCAUUAGCACUACAGCUGCAGGCAUCGGCUACCAGCCUCAUCUGCCAUGGAGUUAGCAUGCCGAUGACCAGGCCUGUAUGCUAGCAAUGCAACUGGGCUCAUCCAACAUUACUACCACAGUGUUAGCAUCAACUAGCAUUGGUACUAUAGCUGCAAGCAUCGGCUACGAGCCUUAUCUGCCAUCACUAUUGUAAAACAUGCAGUUAGCACGCCGAUGAUCAAGCUUUGCUACAAUGACGGUAGCAUGCCGUGACCAGGCCCGUAAAUAUCACUACUAUGAUAAUAAAACAGCCUAGUUAGCCAAUAGGAAGGUCCCUCAGUUCACUGGGCUUAUCUAACAUUGCUAUUAACCUGAUGUUCGUAUGUGGGCACAGAAUACCAGCCUGUGUCUGUAUUAAAAAAUUGAGAAAAUUGCGCCUCCAUGAUCAGAAACCUUCAGCCCUGCAGUGGAAAAGCGGCCAAUAAGAGAGAGGGGGAGGAGUUUCUGAGAGUCUAUAAGUGCUACAAAAUAAAGAGAUACAAAGUUGUGAGGCUGAGGUGAGUUAGGGUGAGGUGCAUUAGGAUAAGAAAUGGUGUGGUUGGGUGAGAUUUGGUUGGGUGAGGUGUAGUUUGGUAAGGAUUGGUUGAAUGAGUUAUAGUUCGGUGAGGUGUAGUUUGGUGAGGAUUGGUUGGGUAAGGAUUGGUUGGGUGAGGAUUGGAUGGGUAAGGUUUGGUUGGGUGAGGAUUGGUUGGGUGAGGAUUGGUUGAAUGAGGUAUAGUUUGGUAAGAUGUAGUUUGGUAAGAACUGGUUGGGUGAGGUGUAGUUGGGUGAGGAUUGGUUGGGUAAGGUUUGGUUGGGUAAGGAUUGGUUGGGUGAGGAUUAGUUGGGUAAGGUUUGGUUGGGUGAGGAUUGGUUGAGUAAGGUUUGGUUGGGUAAGGAUUGGUUGGGUAAGGUUUGGUUGAAUGAGGUACAGUUCGGUGAGAUGUAGUUUGGUAAGAAUUGGUUGGGUGAGGAUUAGUUGGGUGAGGUUUGGUUGGGUGAGGUGUAGUUGGAUGAGGAUUGGUUGGAUGAGGUGUGGUUGGAUGAGGAUUGGUUGGAUGAGGUGUGGUUGUGUAAGAUGUGUUUGAGAGUUUUUUGUACCCCUCAGGACAUCUGUUGGGUUUUUCAUAUCAGCAACACCUCACCUCGUCCUGUUUGUUUGUUUGUUUGUUUGUUUGUUUGUUUGUUUUUCUUUAUUUUGGUAAUGCAUUUAUGCAACAGCAGAGUUAACUGUUUAUAUCCAAGUUCUAGAAAAAAAAAACUUAUCCCUGGAAAAAAAAGGAAAAAAAAAGACUUUUUUGCAUGUUUAUUAUGCAAGUUUAAGAAAACUUUAAAGACGCGUUGCCUACGUCACACCGAAACGAGUUUUAUAGGUUUAAGAUCAUUUAAGGUAUCUCUUAUGCUAUCCAAGUGUUGUGGGCUUUCUUGUAUAUUACGAACCCCAGUUCUCGUCAUCAGCCAAGAAUACAUCCUAUUGGUCCAGGAGUCUGUCCAGGCCUUCGCCCACGCCUCCCUCCAGACACUGUAGAAAACGUACUGCAUCUCCGUCUAAGCGGAAGUCUGACCCACGCCGAAGCAAUAUCCAUUCAGGGAAGCCGUCGGACUGGACUUUGGAGCUCGGAAAAUCUCGCUUCAAAAAAACGUACAAGGACCAAUCGACCGAACUCAUCUGAACGAAAGACCUGACAUCACAUCCCGACAUCCUGAGCUUUGAAGCGCCUGAUACCACGACCUGAGCACUGGAUACGUGUAUCAUAAGCAAAGUAUUACGGUAUUACUGCAUUACUGAAUUACGGUAGAAUAUCGCUUAUUAUUAUUAUAACGUCCCAUGCUUAAACUGAACAUUGCACUACUGUUUUAUCUCUUUUUUUUUUUUUUUGGUUGUCGGUCGUCCGUUUGUUCCAUACCCUCGCCAUUUUCGCGACGACGAAUAAGCGCUUUCCAUACUUGUCUCACACGGAAUAAUGUGAAAACCAUUGCAAUAACAACAACAACAACUUCGGCUCAAGCCAACCUAUAUGAUAUAAGUGGAAUUUUACUCAUGUAAAGAAUUUUGAUAACAACGAUCAUGGAUUGAAAAGAAAAAAAAAAAAAAAAAAAAUCAUCGGAAAAUAACCCGUCACGAUUACGUGUGCUGUUCAGAGUUGUGAAUACAUAACUUAUGUGUUAAACCUGUAAAGGAAACUCAAAGACAACAAUGGACUUGCAUGAUUUUGAAAAAUAAAUUGCUUAUUUAUUGAA